AUGGUAAAGCUAGGGAAAUCGUCAAAGCGGACGCCAGUUCGGCUACGGCAUAAGAUUGAAAAAGCCAGUGCUGCAAAGCAAAGAAAAGAUCGAAAGCUCGCCAAAAAGAAUCCUCAAUGGCGCUCAAAGCUCAAGAAAGAUCCCGGCAUUCCAAAUCUAUUCCCCUAUAAAGACAAACUCCUGCAGGAGAUUGAAGAGAAGAGAAGGCUAAAGGCUGAAGAAGCACAGAAACUGCGCGAGGAGGCGAAGCUACGGCGUCAGGCGCAAAAUGCAGAAGAAGCUGGAGAUAUUGAUAUAGCAGAAAAUGCUGAUCUUAUCGACGAUGAGGACGACGAACUGGUAGAUGGUGACGACGAUGAUAUGGAGAUUGAGGGAGAGGAGCCCAACCCAAUGGCUGCACUUUUAGCCUCUGCAAAGGCUCGCGCAGCUGAAUAUGAAGAUCAGCACGGGGACGAGGACAUGGGGGAUGAUGAUGAGGAUGGUGGGGUGACAUUUGAAGACAUGGCUGUGCCAACGACAAAAGAAAGCUCACGGCGGGCAUUCGAUAAAGCCUUUAAGGAGGUUAUUGAUAGGGCGGAUGUGAUACUUUACGUUCUUGAUGCUCGAGACCCUGAAGGAACUCGGUCGAAGGAGGUGGAGCGAGAUAUCAUGGCUGCAGACCACGGAUCGAAGCGUCUCAUUCUUAUCCUGAACAAGAUUGAUCUCGUGCCUCCACCAGUGCUGAAGGGAUGGCUGGUAUAUUUACGGCGAUAUUUCCCCACGCUGCCCCUUCGAGCGUCCUCUGGAGCGCCUAAUGCACACACUUUUGACCACAAGCAGUUAACGGUCAAGGGAACCUCAGAGACUCUCUUCAAGGCCCUGAAGGCAUAUGCACAUGACAAGCAGCUAAAACGGGCCGUAUCAGUCGGUGUGAUCGGAUACCCUAACGUGGGCAAGUCUUCAGUGAUCAACUCAUUGACAAGCCGUGUCACCAGGGGCAAUGCCAACGUAUGCCCUGUCGGCGCAGAGGCUGGAGUUACUACAAGCCUCCGCGAAGUCAAACUGGACAGCAAACUAAAGGUCAUCGACUCGCCUGGAAUUGUCUUCCCCAAUUCCGACAAGUCCAAGUCGUCUGAGUCUCGAAAAAUAAAAGAACAGGCUCGCCUCAUUCUUCUCAACGCUAUACCCCCCAAACAGAUCUCCGACCCUGUGCCAGCUGUUACACUCUUGCUCAAGAGACUCUCUGCGUCUGAAGCCUUGUUUUCGAAGAUGCUAGACUUCUACGGCAUCCCUCCCCUGUUCCCAACUAACGGUGACAGGACAACCGACUUUCUUAUCCAGGUUGCGCGCAGAAGAGGCAGGUUGGGCCGAGGCGGUGCGCCCAAUAUCAGCAGUGCAGCCACGACAGUCAUCACUGACUGGAGAGAUGGCCGCAUCCAGGGCUGGCUUGAAGCCCCUGCCUUACCCGUCUCUGCUGGCGUAGAAGAGGGUGCUGCUGCAGGAGAGGCCGGCGCGCCAACUGCUGAUACGAAGCAGAUAGUGACCGAGUGGGCGAAGGAGUUCAAGCUUGAGGGCCUAUGGGGAGACGAUGCAGCUCAAGAGGAUAACGACGAGCAGAUGAAGGAGUAG